CCCGACGCACUCCUUCUCCAGGACGACCCGCUGUAUACACAUAAGUGGUAUAACUCCUUCAUUGAACCAGUAUCUUCAGUCGCAGCUACCGGAGAUAUGACUUCAAAAAGUUUCGCGUCCCUUUUGGUGUUUACGAUGCUUCUGAUGCUUAUGAUGGUUCCUCUUGCAAGAGCAAGGAUCUUCGGGAUGGAGGAUAUGACAGAAGACUCCCAAGAGGAGACCCGAAGUGUGAGCCUGUCUUCACGAGACCACACCAACUGCUGCAUUCGCCAGGCCAAGAUGAAGAACAUUGGAGUCUCAGAUGCUACCGGCGAGGAGAUUCUAAUUGACGUGGGUCACUGCCGGAAGCACUGCAGCAGAAAACAGCAGCUUAAAAGGGUCGAAUUCGAACGUCUACUUUUGGAGAACCCUGAAAUGGACCCGCGACUGUUAUUCCUAUUGAAUUCUGGCCAACAACGUGGAAGCCCGUCGUGCCCAGAGGAGGAGGCGUGCACAGCGUCUGAGUCGCGAGUGGAGCGCCUGGCGACGACGGAGGGCGUGGUGAGCGUGACGGUGACAGAGGCAUGUCAGUGUCAGCCACGACCCCACUCCUGCCGUCGCCAGCCAAGACCCGUCACCCUCCAUAAGGGUACUCCGCUCCAAACUACUAUCGACCUUGGUGACUGCCAAGGACAUUGCUUUCAUGAAUUGGGUUGUAAAGCAAUCAAGUCGAGGACAGUAUCAGUGGAAGGUCCAAAUGGAUCAGAGUGUGUGUCUGUGGUGGAGGAGUGUGGUUGUGAGUCCUCCUGCUACCGGGCCGCCCUCUACCAGCACCUCUACAACUACACCACUCCCGACGAACCCACCAUCCAGGUAAUUGAUGUCGGUACCUGCAUUGGGGAAUGUGACACGAUGCCAGAAGAUCAUUGUGUCUUCAGGGAGUCGAGCGGCGGGUGCAUGAUGUCCCUGGUAAAGAGAAGCUCGAGGUGUUCUCCCACAGGCAUAAAUAACAUCAAUAUUACACAAGCAGACGGUUCCAAGCGUACCCUCACCACUGUCACCCACUGUGGCUGCCAUUGAUCCCUCUCACCAAUAUCACCACUGAUGCCACUGAACCCAUCACUCGAACUUCACGAAUAUCUAUCUACUGUACUGUACUCCAUAUUACAUUGUCAGUCAAUCUGUUACUAGUGACGGUUAUCAUGGACACAAAUUCAGUUCCAAAUUCUAAAUGCAAUACUGUACUCGUAUUUGAAAUCAUAUUAAAAACAAAAUUCUUAUAAACAGAGAGCAUUUUCAGACCAGACACAGCCUAGCAUAUAGAUUUUGUUUUAGCAUUUCCAUUCAAGAAGGCUGUUUUUAUCUACGGUAAUAGUUGUCUCACUAUUUAAGCAACAUUCAUUUAGUAUUCCGCUGAUAUUUCAGUUAAAAACAAUUCCAUUAUUUUUGCCACUAUUAGUAUAUAUUGUAAACUUACGGAGUUUUUAUAAUUGCACGUAAAAUGCAGUUCCUUAUAUUUGAAAUAAAUACGUUUUAUGUUUGUUUCACUGGUGUCUUAAAGGUUUUAUUUACUCUGAAACUCUGCUAUCAAUUUCAGAUAUUUCAUAGACUUAACCGCUAAUUACAUACUAUAAUUAAACGAGACGUGACGUUUGAGGCUUCAGUCAAGGGACCAAGAGCACAGGUAUAACGUAAUCUGUCCAACCCACCCGAGGUUGAUUUAAAACUUAAACCCAAAUUUUAUAUAACACGUCUGGCUGCUAGACCGACAGUAAUGCCACCCUUCUCCCCUCCCCCCUCUUUCUUUUCCAUUGUAUAUCCCUUUGGGACAACGUGAAUAGGGCUGUUUAUCCAGCUUUUGAGGCUUCAGCCAUAACGAGGCUAAUACACAUACAAUUGUUUCAUCCUUUAAAACUUGUUUCCAAUAAAACAAGGAUGAAGCAAAAACAUACAACUGUCAAAUUAGACUAAGAAAUAAAAAACGCUUUAUUAUGCUAACAAUUUGAAAAAAAAUUGUCAAUUAUGUGAUACUGCGAAUGUUUUUGUUGUGCUCAUUGGCACGUUUCUUGGUUGUAUUGAUAAUUUCAGAGAUAUUUUAAAUGUGUAUUUGUUAAAUACUCAUAGGUACAUUUUACUCAUUGCAACAUAUAUUAGAAAGUAAAAUACCUUGUAAUACAUAUA